GGACGGACCCUUGAUUUUCAUCUUUGUUGUUCGGCAUCUCGCGACAGAACAUCCGACGAGCGCCUCCGUGGAGCGAAAACACAAAAGCACCACCACCACUACGCAGACUUCCUAGCUUUCGAGACGACAAUCGCAACAGCUUACAUACCCUUUUUGUGGUCGCAUCGCACACGAGAGAAGAAGGGCGUCGAAAAGGAGGGAGGAUGGCGACCGAUUUUAUAAUGCCCCGGCUGCCGGAAUCGCAGCAACCACACGCAUUCUACUUCAACAAGUCGCAAUUGCCGGGGUUCCAGUCGCAAUCGCAAUCACAGCUGUCGAUGCACAACUACCAACACGACCCGCCGCACAGCAGCAGUGGCAGUGGCGGCAGUGGCAGCCGACAAAUUUCCCCCCUCAGUACUUCACAUUCCAACAACGCGUCGCCUACCUCGCCCAAGUCAUACCAUGGUCGCCAGCUGCGGCCGCUCUACAUGCCUGCAGUCUUGCGCCCGACCGAGCACUCGUCCAAGAAGAACCCGAGAAAGAAGGCGGAGGGCCAGUACGACGAUGAGCACAUGAGGAGUAACGGCAGCUUCAUCAGUAUCAGUGGGCUGGGUGCGUUGGGCCGCCUGAGUCGACGCUCGACCGGCGACAGCGGCAAGUGUAUGGACAGUGAAUGGAAUCUCGACCUGUUCCCGAAACCCACCGCACAACCUACACGAGUACACUGGAAGCCAGAUAACGAGUCCACCAUCUGCGACGAGCCCUCCUGCAUGCGCAGCUUCAGCUACUGGAAUCGACGGCAUCACUGCCGUAAGUGCGGCAAUAUCUUCUGCGACGCGCACUCGUCCUUCGAUAUCCCGCUCGACCAAGACGCCCAGUACAACCCCAAGGGCGCCAUCAGCAGAGCUUGCGGCCAUUGCCACUCGGAGUUUAGGGUAUGGCGGAGCCGCACCAACAGCCAGGCAUCCAGCGACGGGUCAUCGGUAAUCCGAGAUUUGCAAUCAAUGCCUUCUACCCCGAUUGCCUCGACGCCCGGCAAAAUCCAACCUCAUCCGGCCGAGAUCGCCGCCAGCGUACCUCGAGACUGGAACUGGAGCACAUUCUGAGAGUGACUUGGCUAUCCAUACGUUAAAACCACAAGAGGUAACAACCACGGGAGGCAAC